AUGCUCCGCCCCUUUUGCCUCCUCGCCGCCUCGCUUGUGAGCACUGCUUGGAGUAACCCGGUCUUACACGGUCUCCAGGUCCUUGAGCAUCGAGAUGCACCACCUAGAGGAUUUGUUCAUGGCGGCCCUGCAUCGCCAGAUACAAUGCUCAGCCUACGUCUUGCCUUGAAGCAGAACAACAUGGACGGCUUGAUUGAGGCGUUGUACGACGUCAGUACUCCGUCAAGUGCAAAGUACGGCCAGCAUCUAUCCAAGUAUGAGGUUGAGGAAUACGUCUCUCCGACAUCGAUGACGAUUGCCGCGGUUAAUGCAUGGCUGAGCGAAAACAACGUAACUGCCACCACGAUUUCCCCUGCCGGCGAUUGGUUGGCGAUUACCCUUCCUGUCAGCCAGGCCAACAGUAUGCUUGACGCAGAUUUCUCGGUGUUUACGCAUCAGGAAAGUGGUCACCAGAGUGUCCGAACUCUAUCAUAUUCGAUCCCGUCCGACCUCGUGAGUCACCUGGAUCUCAUCCAUCCUACCGUUACCUUUACCCCACCUUCGGCGGCGCUUCCUCUACAGGUGACCAAGUACACUGGCACUACAAAGAAAGCGACAUCCGCUAAUGAUCCUGUGGGCAACUGCCCUGAUGACUAUGUCGAUGCUGACUGCAUUGAGACUCUCUACAACAUGCCUGACACCGUCCCCGCCUUGUCCAACAAUUAUAUCGCUGUCACUGGGUAUAAUAACUACUACGCAAAUGAAGCUGACCUAGACUACUUCCUGCAGUGGCUCCGCUACGGAUAUCCGGACGAUCUGAUGUUCACUGUUGAGACUCUUGACGGAGGUCAGAACGACCAAACUGAAGACGAUUCUGGGACCGAGGCUAACCUCGACACGCAAUACACAACCGGUCUUGCGACCUACGUACCGGUCACCUUCUUGUCGGUGGGCCAGAACAAUACAGAUGGCGUGUUUGGCUUCCUAGACGUUGCCAACUACUUCCUGGAUAUGGAGACACCACCAUCCGUUAUCACUACGAGCUACGGUUCCAACGAGGAAUAUCUCUCAACGAAUGUUGCGUAUGCACUCUGCAAUGCGUAUGCACAGCUAGGUGCACGGGGAGUCUCAGUCCUUUACUCUUCAGGAGAUGGCGGCGUCUCUGGUACACAGAAUCAAAGCUGCACCACAUUUGUUCCCUCCUUCCCAUCUGGGUGCCCUUAUGUCACCUCCGUUGGGGCUACGACGGACUUGCAACCUGAAGUGGCAGCCAGCUUUUCAUCUGGUGGCUUCUCCAACUACUGGGCGACACCGUCAUUUCAGCAGUCUGCUGUGUCAAACUAUCUCUCGUACCUUGGCUCCACUAAUGCAGGGUUGUACAAUGCGUCCGGGCGCGGCUUCCCUGAUGUGUCGGCCCAGGGCGUUGACAUUAUGAUCGCACAGUACCAAGAGUUCUACUUGGUCGAUGGGACAAGCUGUUCCAGCCCUAUAUUCGCCAGCGUCGUCGGUAUGCUCAACAAUCAGUUGAUUUCUGCAGGCAAAUCAACACUCGGAUGGCUGAAUCCGUUCCUGUACUCGACUGGAGCAUCUGCUCUGACCGACAUUACGUCUGGAAACAACCCGGGCUGCGGAACAAACAGCUUUUCUGCUACGACAGGUUGGGAUCCCGUUACUGGGCUUGGGACGCCAAACUAUACACUUUUAUACUCUGCUGUUGGGCUUUAG